AUGUCUAGGAUCAUGGGUUUGGAGACACUUCCAAAGAUUCCAAUCGUAGAUUUCUCCAAGGAAAAUUUGAAGCCUGUUUUUGGUGCGAUAAGAGAACUGUUCAAUUUCCCAAUAGAAAUUAAGAAACAAAAUAUUAUUGAUAAGCCUUAUCAAGGAAAUGAGCAUAUCUGUGUGCAUUGCUAUUCAAAGCUACUCUCUGAAUUAGAACAGAUAGUGAUGAGAAUGGUGUUAGAAAGCUAUGGUAUAGAGAAUGACUUUCAUAUUGGAUCAGCCACUUUCCUGAUUCGAUUCUUGAAAUAUCGAGUCCCCAAGAUGAAUGAGACUAGCAUAUCUGUUCCCCCUCAUACUGAUAAAAGUUUCAUAAGCAUACUUCAUCAAAAUCAAGUCAACGGUUUGGAGAUAGAAACAAAGGAUGGCAAGUGGAUUAGGUAUGAGCCCCCCUCGCUCCCAGUCUUUUUAGUCAUGGCAAGCAAAGCAUGCAUGAUAGACUUUGUGCGAUUUCAUGGUUUGGUUUCUAGGUGCCAUCUCAGGGCUUUCUACUACUUCUACAGCUCUGCCAAUGUGUAUGCUUCAUUCUCUUUUGGUUCUUCGGAUGUAUGA